UGGAAGAUGAUGCUGCUUUCAGACGUGACGGCGAUAUGGAUACGGAACACAACAGACUGAUGGCCGAAUGCUUGGUGACGUUCGAUGACGCACAAAAGAUGGGCGGGAAUGUCUCGGAACUUCGGGAAGAGCUCAUAAAGGUGAUCAAUGACCGCUACGAAACCAUGAAGCAGUAUCACGAAAUGCUGCAGGGUGUUCAAAAAUUCCUGGACCGCGGGAUCAAGGGAGAUAUAGGACAGCGUGAAUAUGAAGAAAAGAUCGAGAAGCUGAAAGAAGAAUCAAGGCGGAAAGAUGAGGAACAUCUGAAGAACAUUGCUGAACUUCACAAAAUAGCGCUAACAAAGGUGGAGAAGGAAGAUAUGGGUCGAAACUCAGAAGGCAUAACUAUCUUGGGAACUGUGACUCAGAUCAUCAAUUUGAUCAGCUCAUUGAUGAAGGCGGCAGAGAGGAUUCCGGAUCUAGUGGAAAUGUUUCAGCGAGUAGGACAGUUAAUAGACCGUCCGAAGGGUAAAUGAGAGGUUCUCUGGCCUACGGCGUGAACUGAAAAGUCGCUGAUGCCGUACCUCGUUGAAUGUGAACAACUCAAUAAAUAAACAGAUCGCUGCUUGUCGA